AUGGGACAAGGAGAGAGUGCAGAACAUGAGGAGGUAGACCUUGCGCUUAUUCAGGACCUCUGCCUGACGUUUAUGAAGGAAUGCCCGAGUGGAGCCUUACACCUUCACGAGUUCAAACGGAUCUUUGGAGUACAGAGCACAUCCGAAGAGGAGAGCAUCUACAUGGAGACGAUAUUUCACUCCUUUGACACAAACAGGGACAACCAAUUAGACUUCAUGGAAUAUACAGCAGCGUUGCAUCUUGUACUCCGGGGAAAGCUGGAGGACAGACUGAAGUGGUCAUUUAAAGUGUAUGAUCGAGAUGGAAAUGGCCGCCUUGACCGUAAAGAAAUCAGACACAUCAUUAAAAUCAUUUACAAAAUGAAGACCAAGAACACCGAUAUUGGCAUGACUCCCCAGGAAAUGUGUGACAGAAUAUUUGAACUGGUUGAUGAGAAUCAUGAUGGUCAAAUAUCAUUGGCAGAGUUCAUGGAAGGGGCACAGAAGGAUGAGUGGCUGAUGGAGAUGUUGAAAUUAGACUUUAACGCAGGCGGAUGGGUCAAUCAGAAACUGAUCAAAGCACGAUGA